AUGAUCUACAAGAUCGGCGCCAUGAGGCUGAUUGCCGCUCUAGGCCCCUUCAUUGUCACUCUGGUUCAAGCUGGCGGCGGCGGCGGCGGCGGCGGGGAGACCACUACCCCCUGUGCUGCUGGAUGGGUAGACUGGUCAACCAGCUAUGUUACCGUCCCGACGACGAUCUACUCGACAGUGUACUCGACGGAGACCGACUAUACCACUGUCACUACUACCUCUGUGGAGAUCCAGAUAACGACCAUUGUCGACACCAGCUUUGAGACCAGCUACAUCAGCGUCCCAGUAACAGUCCCAACAACCAUUGUCGACACCAGUAUCGAGACGAGCUAUGUUAGCGUCCCAGUGACAGUUCCAACGACCGUUGUCGAAACCAGUGUCGAGACCAGCUACAUCAGCGUGCCAGUGACAGUUCCAACAACCAUCGUGGCUUCUACCACAAUCGUUAGUCCAACGACUAUUGUCAGUGAAAAGACCAUCACGAGUGUUGAUGUGAGCACCGUGACAGACGUUACUACCACCACGGUCGUUUCAUCAACUUGCCCACCUCCACCCCUGACUGGCCUGGUGACUUGCACCUCUAGGACCGUCAACCCAACAUACACUCCCAAGGCUCCUCUACCGAGCAACUACCUUUGGGGUUGUCCUCCUGGGACCAUCUGCACGCCACCUCAGAUUGACUGCAACUGGGAACAGAACCCACCUGCGGAUGACUACGUCUGCAGUCCCAAAGAAUGCAAGCCACUCCCUGAUUUUGACAUCCCUACAGACUGGAACACGACAUGGCCGAACCCAACCGAGGCCGACUGUGCAUGGUACGAACCAACCCUGGGGUACUUCCACCUGGACCCGAGGCUGUUUGAUCUUUCAUUCGCCAUCUUCGAUGUGUACGGCCAACCAGUCUGCCCUGCGGCCGCCGCCCCGCCGCCCUCAUCAACGACCAGUGGCUGGGCCGACUGGACCACGCCAACAGCGACCCGGACACCCAGAUUCCCCCGGCGAGGCAGCAAGAACAUCCUGGCUGAAAUCGUCAGCCGGCAGUCUCUGGGGAUUGCGCCAGCCGCCUGCUACGAGGUCUUUGACAAUACCCAGCUCGUCGCGCAGCUUACUGGUAAGGUGUAUGAUCAGCUUUGCCUUGACCAAACACCCUUCAUGAAAGGUGUCAGAAGUUGCCAGGCUUGUGCCGCAACUAACGGCGGCGCGUCUUCGACCACAACAAGCUUUCCCAAGCUCCUCGCAUAUUUUAACUGGUGUCAGAGUCAAGCUCCGAGUAAAUGA